UGCAUCCCCCUAAAGACGCCCCUGUGCCUUGCGGAACCAAUUCAAUCCGGUGUGGUGGUGCACACCGACAUGAGCACCGACAUGAAGCCCCUGCACUGACGCUCUGUUACGGUCUCAGCUCCCGGCUCACACCGUUUAAUACACAGAAAAGGACUCUGUGUGAACACGUUGUUUAGGGGGGGGGUCUUCUCUCUGGUGUCGGUGUUGUUCCGCCUGUUUUAUAGACAGUGGAGAGCAAAUGGCAGACCUGCAGCAGCUGCAGCCCCAGGGGGAGCAGCAGGAGCAGAUCCCCGCGCUGGACACGCCGCUGCCCGACCCGACACAGACCGGGAGAGCGGUGUCUCUUGCCCGGCUACUGCACCACGAGUGUGCUCGUCUGCUCCAGCUAUAUAAGGAGAAGGAGACCUUCCUGUCGGACCACACCCCUGACGGAGGACGCAUGGUGUCUCUGUCCCCGGCGCCGCAGGACGAGCCCAGCACGGAGCAGCGGGUGCAGCUGCUGCAUGCAGCUCUGCGGCAGUGCCUGGGGCUGAUCCACUGUGUCGCCCUGAAGGAGGAGGAGGAAUGGGGGGAGCUGGAGGAAGACUAUGAAACCCUGAAGAAGAAAGUCCGGCUGAGGCUGGAGCACCUGCUGCUCAGCACCAAAAGUCUGCUGGAGAGCCAGGACAGCACCCUGGUGGUCACACCCGACCACCAGUGUAACGAGGAACCCGAUGGUGCUGGGGGAGUCUUCGGGCUCAAAGUGUGGACGUACCGGGUGCUGCUGGAGCUGGUGCACUGGGCUGACCAUGCUGCUCAGACCCUCCACGUGUUACACACAGAGAGAGAGGGGACGCAAGACAUCUGAGCACCAGUACAACAACAUCUAUGAAUGAACUGACUAACAGCCAGCCUCAUCAGUAUUCAGCAGUGUGGACACUAGAGGUUAACUAACAAAGCCCUGCUUCUCCCAGAUGCUGCUCUCUCACCAGCCAGUGCUAAAAUGACCUCCAGACUUUCACUGUAGAAAGGGUGUUUGCUUUGUGAAGUGGCAGAGUUACACAAUGUAUUUUCUAUAUAUAUAUAUAUAU